AGACAGACGCAUCACUCCCUCGACAACACCUCUAGUAGUCUGCUCAUCGAUCCAAGAACAGUAAACAUCAAGAUCUCUCCGUUUUCUUUCGUCUGUCUCCCUGUUUCUUCACCUCGCUCUCGUACUCACGCUUCCUCCUGUGAGUGGUUUCUGUAACAACCAUGAGGGUCGCUGCCUGUCUCAUCCUCCCAGUUCUUCUCGGGGUCUGCUUCGCUUCAAGACUGAAUGGAAACAGUCAUGGCAACGGUAAUGGCAACGGCAACGGUAACGGCUUCACCUAUGGCGUUAACAGAAACGGGAAUGGUGCCAACGGCAACGGAAGAUACAGAAAUGGAAACGGGAACGGUGUGAACGGCAACGGCUAUACGAACGGCAAUGGUGCUGUGAACGGCAACGGCAACGGUGCUGUCAACGGCAACGGCUACACGAACGGCAACGGUGCUGUGAACGGCAACGGUAACGGUGCUGUUAACGGAAAUGGUAACGGCAACGGGUACUCCUACCAGCCCCCUAGUGUACCUGUGAACCUGUACCAGACCCCAGGCAGCAACGGCAACGGUGCUAUCAAUGGCAACGGGUACACCAACGGUGUCAACGGCAACGGCGCUGUUAACGGAAACGGUUACACCAACGGUGUCAACGGCAACGGCGCUGUUAACGGAAACGGUUACACCAACGGAGUGAACGGCAACGGCGCUGUUAACGGAAACGGUUACACCAACGGUGUCAACGGCAACGGCGCUGUUAACGGAAACGGUUACUCCAACGGUGUCAACGGCAACGGCGCUGUUAACGGAAACGGUUACUCCAACGGUGUCAACGGCAACGGCGCUGUUAACGGAAACGGUUACUCCAACGGCCGCGUCAACGGUAACGGCGCCGUUAAUGGAAACGGUUACUCCAACGGCCGCGUCAACGGAAAUGGCGCCGUUAACGGAAAUGGUUACUCCAAUGGCCGCGUGAAUGGAAAUGGCGCCGUUAACGGAAAUGGUUACUCCAAUGGCCGCGUCAACGGCAACGGUGCUGUCAACGGUAAUGGUUAUUCCAACGGUCGCGUCAACGGUAACGGUUACUCCAACGGGCGUGUCAACGGAAACGGUGCUGUGAACGGUAACGGUUACUCAAACGGUCGCGUCAACGGAAACGGUUACUCAAACGGUCGCGUCAACGGCAACGGUGCUGUCAACGGCAAUGGUUACACCAAUGGAGUCAGCGGUAAUGGAGUGAACGGCAACGGGUACACUAACGGAGUCAAUGGCAAUGGUGCUGUUAACGGCAAUGGGUACACCAACGGCGUCAACGGUAAUGGAGUUAAUGGCAAUGGUUACACCAACGGAGUCAAUGGCAAUGGUGCUGUUGAUGGCAACGGUUACACCAACGGUGUUAACGGCAACGGAGUGAACGGAAACGGUUACACUAACGGCGUUAACGGUAAUGGCGCAGUCAACGGUAACGGUGCUGUCAACGGCAACGGCAACGGCAACGGGUACUCGUAUCAGCCCCCCAGCGUUCCCGUCAACCUGUACCAGACCCCACAAGGCUAAUGCGACGCCUGCCCCUUGAAGCCCCCUUUGGUUCCCAGCCCCACCCUGAUGGCGACCACCCACCCGACCAUCCCACCCACCUAAUGGCGACCACCAACACCACCACCCUUCCCAUCUCGGCAGCCGCGUAGGCGCCCCCUCCCCCAUAAACACACACACACACACACACACACACACACACACACCUGAACCACAUACGGUGAAUGGACACAAUGCAGCGAUAACGAUGCAAACAAACCAUGAAGAGAAGUGAUGGAUAUAAAAAAGGAAAGAAUAAAAGAAAACUACAAGACAAAAAAAAAAUAUAUAUAUAUUUGUGAAAUUUAAAAGAUAAGAAAAAAAAACCGAGUAUGUAAAGAAGAAUAGGUAAGCGAUCACGUAAAGUUCUCAUUCUCGCUGCAGGUUUCCACAGGUGUUGCCAAAGUCUCAUAUAUCUAUCUAUUCAUAUCUCAGAAACCAGAACUAAUAAGAAAAACCCACACAAGAUUCCCUAUCACAAAAAAAUAGAACAUAAAUAUCUAACAUUUGAAUUUUCCGUCUUGUUUAUCUGCUUAAAUUAACUACAACUAUUUCACGUCGAAAGAUCAAGCUAAAAAUGUUGAAGAUCCUAGAAAUUUCUCACUUUCUGCAAAAUAACUAAUUGGUUGCCUGUACAUUUGGCUGCCAGGUGAACACUCUUAUGUUGGGUGGGUUCCAAGUGCCAAAGGGCUUAGCUUCCCCUUGUUUCACUCUGUCCCUCCUCCAUUCCUUGUAGCUACAUAAUUUAUUGCUUGAUAGACACCCUUUCCCCAUGAACACUAAAUUAUUGACGUCUGUCUACGAAUCAUCGAAGAAAACGAAAUAAAAAGAAAAGUA